ACGCGCCCGCUCGGGACCCGCCUCCGCACCGAGGAGGCGAGGCUAGGCGGGGCCGGGCCCUAGGGCUGGGCGGAAGUGCAGUGUCCGACCGGGAGGAGCGGGCUGGUCGCGGUGUGCGCGCUGUGCGAGGGGACCCGGCGAGGUCAUCAGUGAGAAGUGGAGAAAUGGCUAAAUUGACCCAGCUAAUUGACAAUGAAGUCUUCCGUGCUUAUGCUACCUACGCAGCUAUUGUUCUUCUAAAAAUGAUGCUAAUGAGCCUUAUAACUGCAUACUUCAGAAUCACGAGAAAGGCAUUUGUCAACCCAGAAGAUACAGCAUCAUUUGGUAAAGGUGAUAGUGCUAAAAAAUUCCUGAGGACUGAUGCAGAUGUUGAACGUGUACGCAGAGGCCACCUGAAUGAUCUUGAAAACAUUGUCCCAUUUUUUGGCAUUGGACUGCUGUAUGCUCUUUGUGGCCCUGAUCUGUCCACAGCCUUGCUGCAUUUCAGGAUCUUCACUGGGGCAAGGAUCCUUCACACUUUCGCAUACUUGAUCCCUCUUCCCCAGCCCAGCAGAGGUUUGUCUUGGGCAGUUGGGUAUGCAGUUACCAUCUCAAUGGCAUACAAAGUGUUGAGUAAAGCAUUGUACCUGUAGCUGAGUCAUAGCUUCUGUGUAUCAUUCAACAUUCCAUGCUAAGUUUCCAGUGGUUAGUGUUUUGAAUGAGUUGUCACAAGUUUUACAGAGUGAGUGGAAUUCAUUUUUCAGCAGAGGCUUUUCAUUCCCGUUUAGAAAUAUUUCUUUUUGGAGGAAAAAAAAAAUCCCUUUUCCUGUAUUCCCUAUUCAUAGGCUGUGCUGCCAAAAUGUUAGAUUGAAUGUUCUCUUUGCUAUUUGUCAAGUGCUUACGAUUCUAAACAUACGAUGAUGCUGUAUUGAUAGCAUGUGUGGUAAUUUUCUACAGAUGCACUAUUUUUGGCUGUAGCUCUGAAAUCUAAAUCAAUAAAGACAAGAUGAAAAAAAG